CGUCUUCAUUAUAGGAGUCAUUAGGAGGCCGAAAGGAGGCAGGAGGUCCGCAGUAGUCCUGGAAUUACUCCUCCUCUUCUUCUUUUUUUUUUACUCCUGAUCAACAGCCAACUUGCCAGACUCCGAUCGAGAGACUUUUUUUGUCCGAACCGUCUGCGCUGAGCAGGUCCGAGUCGUUUUGUUUUGCUCCUGGAGAAAAACCAGCAAAACGGACCCGAACGAAGAGUACGGACAGAGACCCUCCCUCACGUCUGCAAUCAUGAUGUCGAUGAACAGCAAGCAGCCUUUCAGUAUGCACCCCAUCCUGCACGAGCCCAAAUACACGCCUCUGCACUCCAGCUCGGAGGCCAUCCGCAGGGCCUGCCUGCCCACCCCGUCGCUUCAGGGGAACAUCUUCGCGGGUUUUGAUGAGACUCUGCUGCAGAGGGCCGAAGCUCUUGCCGCUGUGGACAUUGUGGCCCAAAAGAGUCACCCGUUCAAGCCGGACGCGACCUACCACACCAUGACCACGAUGACCAGCAUGACCUGCACCCCGACCUCUUCUUCCGCGCACCUGCACCACCCGUCGGUACUCACCUCCCACCACCACCCUGCGCACCACCAGCCGGCCCAGGGCCUGGACGGGGACCUCCUGGACCACCUCACGCCGGGGAUUUCCCUGGGAGGCAUGCCCGGCUCCGACGUCUGCUCCACGGCGUCGCACACGGCUCACGCCCACAUGUCGGCCAUCAACCACAUGCAGCACCACCACCACCCGCAGUCCAUGAACAUGCACCCGCACGGGCUGGGCUCACAUGGGUCUCUGGGGAGCGCCGGAGGCGAUGCGGAGCCGGACCCGCGGGAGCUGGAGUCCUUCGCUGAAAGGUUCAAACAAAGACGGAUCAAGCUUGGUGUGACCCAGGCUGAUGUCGGAGCGGCCCUGGCCAACCUCAAGAUCCCCGGGGUGGGGUGUCUGAGCCAGAGCACCAUCUGCAGGUUCGAGUCCCUCACGCUGUCUCACAACAACAUGGUGGCCUUAAAGCCCAUCCUGGAGGCCUGGCUGGAAGAGGCGGAGCGCGCGCAGAGGGAAAAGAUGUCCAAGCCGGAGAUCUUCAACGGCGGGGACAAAAAGCGGAAACGCACUUCCAUCGCCGCCCCGGAGAAGCGCUCCCUGGAGGCUUACUUCGCCGUGCAGCCGCGGCCCUCGUCGGAGAAGAUCGCAGCCAUCGCGGAGAAGCUGGACCUGAAAAAGAACGUGGUCCGAGUUUGGUUCUGCAACCAGCGGCAAAAACAGAAACGGAUGAAGUUUUCUGCGACGCACUAAAAUCAAAUCAAACAAACACGAGGUUGCUGCAGCAAACCCGUGGGUCUCUGUCCCGGUUUCCACAAAGGACAAAUCAGAGACGAGCUGCUAUGAGAGACAAACUGUCAGGAAAGAAUCAAGGUACCCGGCAGCGCCAGAUCCAAACGGACGGGUCUGACGCACAGCCAGGCCGCGCGCACUCACAAACACCCAAACCUGGUUCCUCACUCAGUGUUAAACGGGACACGUGUUUUAUUUUAUCCUUCACAUACAAUGACUUUAAUUAGAAGUCUGUGGUUAAAAAAAGGCUGAUUAAGAUGCCC